GGCAUUCAUUCAGAACGAAAUAUGGCGUCGGAGGAUGCGAACGCGCCGAAGUGUGAUCUCGAAGGCGAUGGCUGUGUCCGUUUGUCUUCGAUCCUUCAAGCCUUCGGUGCGCCCAUCCGCGAGGAGCAGGCCUGGGCCGUGUGCUACCAGACUUCUAAGUGCAUGUGCAAAGAGUGGACGGCGGACAACCGCGGAUGUUAUUGCCUGACAGACACCAGUCAGCUCAGGAUCCACAAGGAUGGGAGCGUACACAGCUCCACGGUGCGCGAAUUGGGUCCGGCGUCCACACGACCCAUUGCCACAAGCGAGUACAAGCUCGUGUGCAGCCUUGGCCUGGUACUGUUCCACGCGCUCGAAUAUGGGCUCCGACCGGACGAAGAGCACGUUCUGAGCCGCCCUUUCGAGAUGCUCCUGGACCGCAUGACGUCCGCCGACCCCGAGGCGAGCUCCGACGCCGAGCUGAGCUCGGACGACGACUCGGGCGAGGAGGACUGCCACGACGAAGGCAUCGAGAAGGACUCCGGGGAGGAUGACCCGGGCGGCGGCGACGGCGGGGCGGGCAAAUCCCCGCACCGGGCGGGCCUGACGCUCGCUAAGGUGCUGGAGAUGUGCGCUUCCCACCUUCAAAACCCAACACAGGCUGAUUUACACUACAAGGCUGUUUGCCGUGCCCUAGUUGCAGAAGCUGUUGAGCUAUCAACAUUCCUACAAAAAAUAUCUAGUGGAACCAAAGAUUUUAUCAAGUGUCAUCGCAGUGACCCAGAUACCUCAGAUCUUGAUGGCUUACAGUUUCAGGACUGGGCCAUGCUGUGGAUGCAGGUUAUUCGAGAACUUCGGCAGGGUGUCAAAUUAAAGAAGGUUGAUGUUGAAACACACCUGCACCCUGUGGAGUACGAGCUGACGCCUUACGAGAUGUUGCUGGAUGACAUCCGUUCACAGAGGUACAAGCUAAACAAAGUCAUGGUUAAUGGUGAUCUCCCACCUCGAGUAAAGAAAGAUGCCCACGCUUUAAUAUUGGAAUUUAUCCGCUCUAGGCCUCCACUGUUUCCUGUUUCAAGGCGGAAACUGAAGCCUGCACCUCGGCGGGAAACAUCGGUACACGACAGGCUGAUGGCAGACAUACGGCAACCACAGAUGCUUCGACCAGUCAGGAAAAGGGGCAGUUCAAGCAAUUCUGUGGAGACAUCACGGACAAAACUGGAGGACACAGAUUCCACGCCACAGCCUCGGAGGCGCCUCAUUAUGGCUGACAUCUCCCUCCACCUUUCUUCAAGCUUUGAUGAGGAUGACUUGGACGAAACUCCCACUUCUCCUGUGCCAGAGCAGCCUCAGUCAUUGCCUGUGCAGUUUCGCCGAACACCCCAAAGGCCUACAAAACUGCAGUGGCAGCACAAGCAUGGAAGUGGAGAUAACCCCGAUGUCCCAACGACAGCAUUGUUGAAGCACAAGCUAGAGCGUCGACAUAGCAUCACUGUGUGCGAAUCACCAUCGAGGGCACCAUAUCGCAUAGCUCAGGAAAUGGUCCGACGCCCUGACAAAUUGGCACUUAAUGCACGUCAAGAGUCUGGGAAGGAAAAUUGGACCACGACACAGUGGGAGAAUUCGAUGGAGUGUUUGUCCUUGACCCUGGAAGAAGUUGUUCACAUACGUAAUGUUCUAACAAAGGCAGAAUUGGAGUCUCUUCUUGCCAAUAGGCCCCUUUAUGAAGAUGUUGAGAAGCGAAAAGUUUGCUUCACCUGCAAAAAGACAAAGUUCUCCUUCUUCAGGCCAUGGGGAGUCAAAUGCAAGCUGUGUGAGAGGAAAAUCUGUGACAAAUGUUCUACCAAGAUGCACAUUCCAACAGACAGGUUUGACCGUAUACCUGUGUACAUGCUGUGCCCAACAGUAACAGAAGAGGAGUCACCAAAUCAUUCUCCACUUCCAGUGGCUUUUCAGUUUACCAGUGGGUCCGCACCAUCAUCACCCAUUCUGAACAGGCCUGCCAGCGCCACCUUCAAUACCAAGCUCAAUGUGACUGUCUAUGCACCACCGAGUACCGCACCACCACGGCCAAGGGUUCCCAAGCUUCGCCAUGCAUCCUCUGUGUGCAGUCCAAAAAUUGGUGGUUCGGAAGAUGCAGCAGACCAGGAGGCACUUACUCGCAGAGCACCUCUGCUACGUUCCCGUACUUUCCAGCACAAGGCCAGCUCUCCUCAAGAAGAGCGGUUGCGCGGCCCGCUUAUGACUGUCUGCCGGGACUGCAAGGGGAUGAUAAGGCAGAUCAUUCUGGCUAGCAGGACCGACAUGGCCAAGUCACAACGGAAGGCGUGCAAGCCGCCCUUGUGCGUCGUUUGUAAAAACUGAGAGCAGCAAAAGUUAUUCAGAGCCUGCAGAGAAAAAUGCAGUGCAAGGGGCACUGUUCUUUUUUUUCUUUUGUGAAUAGUUCCUUUGCAGAUAAAGCAAUAGAAGUGUGAUGUCUGCAUGUUGAGUUGUGUGUCCUCUUGCUGUACAGUGACUAGCUGCAUGCCUUUUCUCCUAAACGUGUUUUCACAAUGUCACAGCCCUGAUUUAUUUAAUAUUUCAAGAAUGCUGUAAUUAGCAUGGGUUUUUGCCCUGGUGUGAUUCACGGUGGGUGUGUAAGCUAGGCUGGUUACACAAUUUUUUUACGAAAGGUAGCUUUUGCUGGCACAAGUUCAACCCUCGGCCCUUGAAUGCUAUGACAUGUUAUAUAUUUUUAUUUUGUACAGUUUUGAGUAGUUGAUGUGACCGCAUGUUGCAUAAGUGUUGAAUUUUAACAGAUUUUAUUUUAUUAUUCCUUUUUUUCACCUCAGCAUCCAUGUGGAAAUAUGUGCUAUAUGCUGAACACAAACUAUGUUGGCCGUAGUAACCUCGCUCUGCAAAAAGAAAUAUAUAUAUUUAUUUAUACACCACAAUUUUUGCUGAAGCAAUUCUUUUUCAGAAUGUAAAUACAUGUAUAUUUAAUGGGUUUACUAUGCACAAACGCCUGUUUGAUAUGUCUGGUAAUAAAAAAUCCCUGCCAAUGUUCUUCAACUUUGAGUGCCCAAGUAAGCAUAGUUGUGUCAGAAUCUUGUAAUCUAUCUGCAGCUGAAUAGCAGUGCAGCUUCACAUGGUGAGAGAUCCUUGCGGCAAGGGGAGCGCACCAGGUGGUGAUAUGCCUCAUUGGGCAAAGCUUCCAGGUAAACUCUCUCUGGAGAAGGAGGAACUCUUGGUUUUAAAGCCCAACAGCUGGGUAGGAAUUAGCUGCCUUCUCAGGUGCAUCGUAUCAUGGCAGCCCACCACCUUGCUCCUCAAAGGGAUGAUGGAGAGGGGAGGUUCAUUGGAGACUCCCUCCUGUGAUCCCUUUGACAAGUUGCUUAUGCAAAUAUUCCUUUCACCAUGCCACAGCAAUGGCAAGCAUCUAGAUUGUGUGAUGUGUGUAUAGUCAUUUAUAUGAAACUAGCGCUUGGGUCAUCUACGACUUAAAGUUACAACAUUCAAAGUCCUCAAUUCCCUUGCAAUGUCAAUGUCAACAUGAUAGACAAAACACUGCAAAGCACCAGGAAAUGUAGUACACUUGGCUGACAGUGUAUGAGCACUUUCAAUGCGGGAUCAAGAUGAGUAUCAGUAAUGGUAAAUGUUUGGGAGUCAGGGACAAAGUUCUUAAAUGUGUUUGGGGAAGAGAGACAGAAAAUGUGUAAGCACUUUUGCCCUAACAGUGGAGCAAAGACGAAGAUUGUCUGGAAACAUGGUGGCACCAAUGCACUUUAGCUUACAGGCUAAGAAUCGGGUGGUAGGAGGGAGCAGAGAAAAAUGGCCAAGCUAAGGCACUAGAACAGCUAUGUUUCAGUCUUCAGCUUGCAGUGCUAUCUCGUUCUUCUUUGUUUAGAAAUAACCUUUCCAUGCACCCCAUUGAAAUUGCGAGCACAUUUUUAAAUGUGUGCUUAGUGUUAACGUUCCCUAGAUUUCAUGAGGCAUUGCCACUAAUUUCAUUAUAAAAAUACAAAAGCCUAUAUUAUUUAGCGAAGGCAUGCAUGCCCGUCUGCGAAAUUUGCGAGGUUAAGUCUGAGGCCGCCGAGCUGGGAGAGAGAGAAGCGUGCGCCGGAGGAGGAGGACGGCUGGAAGUGGCGAGGAGGAGCGCGCGGCGCAGGGUGGGGGGAGGAAGGAAGCGGAGCGUCGCGGAGGAGGAGGAUAGGCGGAGGCGCGCUGGCUGGGUUCACUUCUCUGGCAGUUGCUACGGGCUAUGUGUGCGCUACGGAUGUGUCGGGUUCGUCUGACGACCGAGAUGCCGAGCGAGAAGAACGGAGCAGCAACGCUAGUGGCGGCAGGCCAAGCGCGAGUCGAUCGACCCUGAAGUUGUCUGCAAGCGCCGGGCACGAGCUGGACAAGACCGACAAAAGACGCGGGCUAGGCGUGCCCAGGAGACUCCUGAAUAACGUGCUAGGCGGCUUGAGACAAUGCGGUUGCGUCGGGCAAGAGGGCAUAGCCUAGAAACUUCGGACCGCAUCUCUAUACGCCUGCGCGCAAUCCGCGUUCACGUAGUGAAACGUCACUAUAAUUUGUUUGCAACACAGAUCACCUUAAUAGCAUGUUCUAGCUACUGCUUAAAGUAAUAUCAUGACCAAGAGGACUUCACCUUGCGUUGCCUUGCAGAACAAGUGUUUUUUUGCUCUGCCUACUAGAAAACAAAUUAAGUACUAGCCACCUAUAGGAGUCGCAUGUUGAUCUGCAUUGUCUUUUUACUCUAUUCAUCUGACAAAGCAGACUUCCUGAGAGCAUAACAAGGAAGUGCACAGUCCCUUGUUAUGAAUCAUCAGUGAAAAUGCCAGUGGUAAACAAAUUUUUCACUUCCUUAAAACAAAUUCCUGACUAGUAUAAAACUCGUACCUACAUGCAUCUGUCAUAUGAUGUGCAGAUGACUGCUGAUUAUUUGAGGCAAAGAAUAUGUAAAAACUAAGUGAAGCUGUUUUGAUGAUGUGGUGUUUCCAGUCAAGAUGUACUUGUAUAUGUUUAUAAUAGCACCUUUCUGCAGUAAAUGCAUUAAGUGACUCAUGUUGGGAACGUAUGGUCUUAUGAUAAGGGCGCAUGUGUUAUGGAGCAUGGAUUGCAGACUGUGUAACCAGCCAAACUACUGUGCACAGUUUUAUUCUUUGUUGCAACACGUUUUACCUUUGGGAUAUCUUAGUGGAAACAUCUGACAAUUUUAAAAGCUUUUGCACGGAUUGUGGUAUGUACUGUGUAAAGGCACAAACAUUCCACACUAUUUGUCAUUGGGUCUCCACACAAUGAGGAAAUGCCGCGUUACGAAUAGAGCGUGGGCGUGCCAAGACUGCACGGGCCGCGGAGUCUGUUUCUCUAAAACCAAGUCUCUGACGUACACUAUAUAGUUGCGACUUUUGUCCCUGCACUGUUGGACUGAAGUUUUUUUACUGUAUUUUUAUUUCUUGGAUACAUGUCUUUGUGCGUAUGUGAUCACCCCUUGUAAAGCUUUCCAGCCAUGCAUUUGUGAUAAUAUAGUAUUUCCAUGCAAUAAAGAAAACUAAGUUGGCGCUA